AUGAUAAGCUUUAUAAAAAACUUUUUAAUGGACAGAACCUUCCAGGUUAAAGUCAAUUUCCACCUCUCUCAGGUAUUCAAACAAGAAAACGGUGUGCCCCAGGGCUCCAUUUUAUCCGUCUCAUUAUUUCUAGUUGCAAUCAACGACCUUUGUGAAGAAAUCAAAUUCCCCGUGAUAUCAUCACUUUUCGCAGAUGACUUAAACAUAUGGUGCUGCGGUAAAAAUACCCAAAAUAUACAACCCGUAUUACAAGACCCACUCUUAUCUCUAGAAAAAUGGUCAGCAAAAUCCGGUUACCGUUUCACUCCUCUAAAAUCACAGAGCAUCAAAUUUUCACACUCCAAAAAAAAAAUAUCAGACAUUAAACAUAAAAAUAAACAAUACUCCUAUACACAACACAAGACUUUUGAAAAUAUUAUGAAUCGUAUUUGA